UUGAUUACAGGAGAUGGAUGAAAAGAAUGCUCGUGACGCUUUACGACUCUGAAAAUGUAAACCUCCGCUGAGUCAAGGGACAGAGAAAAGAAUUCCCAAGUACUGUUAAGCGGAUGCUGUGUGCCAAAACAACACCGAUUGAGUGCAACCUUUCUGUAGAAGCGUGACAAACCGAAAGUAAUAAGCAGAACUUGUUUGCUAAAUGAUAGACUCUUGACCCUUUCACUUACACGCCAUUGCGUAUGAAUUUAAAACUGACUGUCGAAAACCUGUGAUAUUCCCGCUUAUUGAAGUGUACAAUAUUCUGUGUAUGAUAAGACCAUGCUGCCUAGCGCUUAACUUUUUUUCUUAUUUGUUUUUGUUGUUAUCCUGCAGUUGGCAUCGGCGUGGAACCACGUGCGACAUACUAUCAAGGAAUAAGAAGGAUCUGACAGGUCAACAGGAGACAACAGUGUGCCGUCGGUCGAGGACUCCUCUCGUUCGACAUAAGGAAGAAGAGUGAUACCAUUUUAUCAUAGAUUGUUCAUCAACAAUAGUUUUCAUCAGGCCAACUGUAGCACCCCAGAAAGCCAGAUGAUCGUCUUGUGAUUGUUCCAUCAUAUUUGGCCUUUUCAUUAUUAUGUAAAAAAACAAACGAACCAAUAUGACCAAUGAACUUUGGUCCUCCAGGGCCUGAAGGGAUUGCAUACAUUCAUGGAAGAAAUCAGGCUAGAAUUGGCCAAGAUCAUUUCAAUAAAAUGAAUGAAGAACCUCCAAAUAAUGGAUGCCCACAGCAGUCAGCUCAAGCCCAGAUGUCCGGACCAAACUAUGGAGGGAGAUAUCAAAGUGCAGAUUUCAGUGUAGGUGGAGGGACUGGUGCUGGUGAAGAUGGCGGUCCUUCAACAGCCACUGGGAAUAAUGAAUACGUGCCGUCAGGACAGCUUCAGUACCCAGGGCAAAGUCCCCUCUAUCCUCAAAGCUCAAGGACAUUUUAUCCCAGCUCUGCUAUUACUGUUAAUAAGCAUUCUCAUUCACUUGGACCAACCCAGUCCAUGACGGGCAGUUCUUCGGGACCCCCUGGGAUAGCAAACCAGAUGCAUGGUGCUGUUGGGAGUACUUUUUCACCCCAGAGAGUGCAUUCGAGCGCAAGUCACCCUUUCCCCGGGCAGCAAGCUGCAACAACUCCGACUCUAAAUCACUUGCUGCAGUCCACGAAUCCUGGCACUGCCCAGAAACUGUCACAGGCCUCUGGCGGCAGCAUGAGUGGUCGUGACGACAGCCUUCCUGGGAGCAUGCAAGUCAAAAACGAAAUGUCAUCAUCACCUCAUCCACCAUAUCUUGGUCACCAUCAACAACAGCAAGUUUGGGGAAUGAACUCCCGGGCAAGUCAGCACCAUUACCUAUAUCAACAUCAAGGACCUGGCUCUACAGGCUAUCGGAGUCAGUCUGGCGGCAGCAGCGACAUGAGCCAGGGCCGCCGGCCUGCAAUGGGGGCCAUGGGCGGAGGCUACCCACAGCAAGGUGGCCAGUACAUGGGUCAGCAGAUGCCUGCCAUGGGUCCAGGGCCCGGCCCCCAGCGCUUCAUGAUGGGUGGUGGACAGAUGUCCAACCAGAUGUACCCGACCCAGCCCCAAAUGUACAUGCCCCCGUCCCAACAGCCCCCCGGCCCGCCCGUCUCCCCGGCUGCAAGGCCCUUGACACCGCAGCAGUCACAGCUGCAGCAAAUGCAGAACAUGGUCUCCAACUCGCCCAAGCAGCCGUCCCCAGCCCCUUCCGUCUCCUCUGAUCAUGGAUCCACUCAUUCGAAUAAACAGGACGACAAUCAAGAUGUGAAAAUGGAGCCAAACAAUCCAGACGAUAUCAGCGGUGAAAACUCUCGAGGUUCCACCGGUGGCCCCCGCCCCGCCCCCUCCCCUGUGGGCUCGACAGGGUCUCGAUCAAACACACCAGCGUCCAUUCCAGGUGGCCAAGCUGGCAGUCCUAUGCCCGUACGUCCCUCCUCAGGGCAAGUGGAUGGAUCCAACCGAAUGACACAGUCCCCCAUGGCCACUCAAGGUUACAACCAGCAGAUGAUGCCCCCACCCAACAGCAUGGGCUACAUGCCCGGCUCAGGCAAGAUGGGUGGGGUGGCUCAGAUGCCAGGACAUUACCCACAGUACAACUCGCAGUAUCCCCAGGGGAGUUAUCCCCGCCAGCAGCCAGGAAUGGGAGGCAUGGGUGGUCCCGGUGGUCCCAUGUCAGGACCCAUGCAGAACUACCCGGGAUCCCAGCCCAACAUGUACCCCAACGGACCCGGCCAGAUGCCUGGAGGACCUAUGUACGGCAACAUGCCCGGCAUGAACAGAAACAUGGGCCAGUCGGGCUACGGCACGGGGCCCUUUGGUCAGGGCCCGGGCGGCAACAUGGGCGGCAUGGUGAACAGUCAGUACCCAGGCUACAACUCCCACAUGGGGCCCAUGCCCGGACAGCACGGCAUGCCUCCGCAGCAGCAGCCUCAGGGCCCCAUGCCCCCAGGCUCGUCACCCGGACCCCUGCCGCCCACCAUGGGCAGCCAGCCCCCUGGCACUGGCAUGAUGCCGCAGCAACACGGUGGCCACGGCUCCAACAAGGCCGUCCAGGCGGCCCAGGCAGCCAUGAUGGCAGCGGCCAACAGCACCGGCCCUCGCAUGUCGCACAGCCGGGGCUCCAUGAGCCCGUCACGGGGCAUGUUUCAGCAGUCGGGGCCCAACGGAGGGGCUGGUGGGGGGCCCCUGGCACAGAUGAACAGCAUGACAAAUUCUCCCAAUUUUGGCAGUCCGAGUUUGAACAGUAUGUCGAAUGCAGUGGAGCAGCUGGGCCGGGGCUCCAUGCCCCCUUCCUCCUCCUCCUCCUCCUCUGCGAUGGGAGGUGCAGGGAUCCCGUCAUCCACCCCUUCCCCAGUGCCUAAGUCCUCCCACAGUCCGGCAGCCAUGCCCAACAGCAACAACCUGUCGUCCAGUAUUGCUCACGGUGGCACUGACCACUGCCAGAACUCGCCUCUGUCCAGCACGGACACGCAGGAGUCCAGCUCGCGACCAAGCUCGGCAGCUCACCCCCCAGACCUGCCCCACGCCAGCGACACAACGGGCUCGGAUAGUUCGAGCGGCAUGCCCAGUGACUCCACCUCCGUGGACAGCGGUUUCCAUUCCUCGGACCAGGGGGACAAAACGUCAGACUCUAUGAGCACCCCCACCCAGUCGGUGCCCUCCCCGCUGCCCACCGGCGGCGGGCAACCCAACGGUGAGGCCUCCUCCUCCUCUCGGACAUUAGAGAACAUCAGCCCACCGGGUCAGCAUACUAGUCACCAUCCCCAGGCCCACCACGCUCCUCCCCAUCCUCCGCAUCCUCCUCAUCCUCACCACCCCAACCACCAGCAGAUGGGUGCAGACUCGAAACAGAUGCCUUACAGCAACGAUGGCAGUGGUGUUCCUUUACCGCCGUCCUGCAUCUCAUCUAACGCCAUGUCAUCCAUGCCUUCAUCCAGUGGCAGCGUCGUAACUACAGCAGUCACGGUUCCAAUGUCCACCCAGAGUGUUGCCUCCCCCGUGACCACGGUGUCGUCAUCGCUCCCUCACCACCCGCACCCCCACGCGCCACACCCUCACCAGCAACACAUGGGCCCCCACGGCGGGCCGCCCCACCCGAUGAUGGCCCCCCAUGGCGUGGGCCCGGCCAGCCACCCAGGCAUGAUGCCCAACGGCAUGCCUCCCUCCAACAUGAUGAGCCCCGGCCACAUGGGCGGCCCUCCCGGACAGAUGCCACCCAACAUGCCCCCCAACAUGAUGCCCAACAUGGGCGGACCCAACAUGAGCAUGAACCAGAAUGGGCCCAUGAUGGGCCCCAAUGGUCCCAUGAUGGGCCACAAUGGCCCCAUGAUGCCUGGUCCGCCGGGCAUGAACAAUGGCAGUGGCAACAUGCCCCAGAUGGGUCAUGGUGUGCCCCCUCAUCACCCACACCCGCAACAACAGCAACAACAGCAGCAGCAGCAACCGCAACAGCAGCAGCAGCAGCAGCCACCGAUGAAUUGCAUGCCCAUGGUCAACAACAACAACAACGCGACUUCUGAAGAACAGCCGGAGAAGAAGAAGAAAUCAAAGGAGUUGGAUGGUCUGCCUCCCAGCCAUGCCCACAUCCGGGCCGGCUCGGCAGGGGCACACUACUCUGAGGAACCCAACAGCCCUGGGGCCCUCAAGUCUUCAUCGGACCUCAGCAAGUUGUUUGAACUGGGGCCUGAGCCUGACCGCCGGCCCUUCCUGGAGCGCGUCCUGGCCUUCCUGGAAGAGACUGGUCAGCCGGUCACCUCACUGCCAGUGAUUAGCAAAACACCCCUGGAUCUCUACAAGCUCUACUUCAGUGUACGCGAAAAGGGGGGCUUUGAAGAGGUUACAAGGGGUAAGAAAUGGCGCGAGAUCUGCACUGUGGUCAACAUCGGCACUUCAGCCAGUGCGGCGUUCACGCUGAAGAAGAACUACAUCCGCUACCUGUUCAACUACGAGUGCAAGUUUGACCGGGGCGGCAUUAACCCGGCCCCCAUCCUAGCCCAGAUGGAGGCCCAGCUGGCCCACAAGCGAGAGCAGAAGAACAAGAGGGCCCCCUCUCCAGCAGGAUCCAACUCGAACGAUGCAUUCCGGCCGCCAAGCACCCCCAACAAUCAAAUGGAUUCCACAUUUCCCCCCAACAUGCCCCCACCUUACAUGCAGACCCCAGACGGCAGUAUGGCCAACCCGCACAUGGGCGGCGGUAGCAUGAUGAUGCCCCCCAACAACAUGAUGAGCGGCCCGGGCCACCAUGGGAACAUGGGUUCAAUGAUGGCCCCUCCGGGUAUGGGGCCGUCCGGCAUGAUGGGUGGCCCCGGAGGGCCGGGGAUGAUGCCAGGGCAGCAGCCCAUGAUGCCCAAUAGCGGCAGCGGAGGAGGCAUGAUGGGAGGGCCUCAGAUGAUGCCGGGAGGACCCCCGGGCUAUGGAGGCCCCAUGAUGCAGCAGCAGCCACAGCCAGGAGGCCCCCCGCAGCCCCCGCAGGUCAGCAGUGCCAAUGGGCCUCUGGGCGCAGGCACCCCGGCCUCGGGCGGCCCUGUGACCUCAGACAGUAUCAGCGUGCAGGAUCCGUUCUCCGACGAGCCCAGCUUUGGGCAGCAGCAACAGCAGCGUGGCAGCGGCCCCCUGGUGACGCCACCGCCGCAGACCUCGCAGAUGUCCUCUGUAGCCACGCCCAUGUCCUCAGGCCACCCAGGCAUGCAGCAGAGCAGCAUGGCCACUUCUACGAUGACCAGCACGGCCAAUCGCUCUGCCAGCUCUUCGGGGGCGGGUUACGGCGCGGGUGACGCCCAGAUGCCGGGCGGUUUCUCGGGCAGCACUAGUGGCCGUCCAGGUGACGGCGGCAGCGCGCCGGCUGGAGGCCAGUACCCACCCUAUGGACAACAGUUUGAAAGGCCUGACAGGUUUGACCAGUCCAGCCCCAGCAUGGGCAUGCGACCUCCCGGCCCCACCCCCGGCAUGGCCCCGAGUCAGCAGCCACCUCAGCAGCCCGGGGAGAAUGGGGCUCCCAUGUACCCAGGCGCACGAUUCCCAGGGCCUCCGGGCCCCAUGAUGAGGCCUCCGCAAGCCGGGGAUGGGCCCAGUCAGUACCCACAGGGGCCGUACCAGGGCCAGGGGCCGUACCCCGGGGGACCAGGACCCCAGUACCCCAACUACCCCCAGACCAGCUCCGGUGCUUACCCUGGACCCCGCCCGCCGUAUGGGACGCCACGCAAGCGCUUUCCAGAUGAACACGGUUCAGCUCAAAAUCAGUACUCUGAUUGGUCAAACUCUGGGAUGGCGGGUCACAUGACCUAUCCGUCGCCUUCCCCCGACAGACAGGCUCCGUCCCCAGACGAUCUCAUGGGAAACCAGUGGUCUCCCCUCCAACGUUCCCGCAUGCAGCAAGGCACCCCAGGCUAUAUGCCCCCGGCCCCGCCAUCGACCCCGCCCAUGGGACCCUACGGCCGCCAGAUGGGCCACCGCAACUCUCCCCAGGCCAGGGAGUCCUCACGAUACAGCAGCAGCCAGAAGAUGCAGAAGCCAGCUUAUGGAGGUCUUACUGCUCCUCUCACCAAAAAGGAACUGAUUUUCCCCCCUGACUGUGUGGAAGGAGUCAGUAUAGCCACCACAAAGAGAAAACGCAUGACUACCAAGGACCUAGCCCCAUUUGAAGCCUGGCGUCUGAUGCUGGCACUCAAGUCGGGUCUGCUGGCGGAGAGCACAUGGGCGCUGGACACAAUGAACAUCAUGCUCUACGACGAUUCCUCCUUCGGCUACUUCAGCCUGGGCACCCUCCCGGGCCUGCUGGAGGUGCUCACGGAACAUUUCCGCCAGUGUCUCAUCCAGAUGUUUGAUGGCUUCCGAGAUCUGGAGAAGGGACAGUCUCGCAGGCAGCGCCACCAAGGCAGCAAGCAGCGGCUCAAGUCUUUACCGGCGUCGUCGAAGACGCCGGAAGAGUUUUUGAACGAACUGACUGAAAGUUUCUCUACGGGGGAGGGUGAGACAGAGGCCACGAAAAUGUUUCAGAUGACGGGGCCCAACUUCACGAAAGUGUCACGCAAAGGGCUGCCCGUGAAGUUUGACAGUUGUCCCACGGAUACCACAGUGUUGGAGUCGAAGUACUGGGACAUCUACACGCACUUCGACACAAAGCCUGACCACUGGUUAUCUGGGUGUGGUGACAUCACCGAUCACAUCCUCACUCAUCUGGAGAGUGACAACACUAACACAUUCUUGUCAGGGAGGUUCAGGAAGAAGAGGACGUGGGAUGCGGUGGGUCGAGAGGAAGAGGAAAGUUGUACCGAGCUGUCCUGCAGCAAAAAGGUGUGCAAAGUUGAAAUUGAAGAAAGGGAAGCCAGCAACACAAGUAGCUGUAGUGGGGUGGAGGAGGGUAGUGGUGUGGAGGAGGGUAGUGGGGAGGAGGCCGUGGAGGGGGAAAAGCAAACAGGAGCGAAGCCAUCAACAGAAACAAGCAGCAAAGACCAGAAGCCUUGCGUUAAAGUGGACACAGAGGCCAAGCCAGCCAGCAGUGACAAUUCCAAGGUGGAAACUAUUCAUUCCAGUGUGUGCAAUGGUGUGGGGAGUAGUAUAGAGCAGUCGGGAGAAGGUGUAGUGCAGGUGAAGGCGGAGCCCAUGGAUGAGGCAGAGUUUGCGGGGGCUUUAAAUAGCGAAGAUGCAUCAAAAAACACUUCGAAAUCGAGUUCUGAGGUUCCUAUAAACUGUGAGUCCAAAAGCAGCGAGGAGGGGAAGGAGAAGAAAGAUGGCCCAGAAGAGAUACAGCCUGUGACGGGUUCAGAACUGAAAAAUUCUGAUAAACUAAUAGAAGAGCAGCAGUCAGUGAAAAAGGGAUCUGAGAAAAUAGUUAUUGAUGAUUCAAAUAGCAAGCCUCUAGAAAAUGGUGACAUCGAAGAGCCGAAACUCUCCCCUAUGGUGAAUCACGAAGGAGACAGUGCGGCUAAUGGCAGCUGGAAAAAGGAGUUUUCCGAGAAGGGAGACUUGAAGGAAGGUGAGAACGACUGCAGCGACAGCUCGCCGCCGGUGCUGAAGGCGGAGUGCCUGGAUGGGGAGGAGGAGGUGGCGGGGGAGGACUGCAACACAGAGCCCCUCAACUCCACCAUGAACGUGAGCAGUGCCGGGGCCAGCAUGGAGGCGGACGCUAGCGCGGUGAUGGACACCAGCAGUCGCUCUGAGGCAGAGACCACCGAACUGAAGACGGAGCCCAUGGAGGAGGACAAAGCCACACAGGAGGUGGGGGAGGAAGACAGGCUGGCUGACACUCAGGAGCUUGCGGAGGAGAACGAAGAAGAGGAGAAGAAGGGAGAGUCCACUCCUGAGGAGAAUGGGCCUGGUGAGAAGAAAGGAGCUGAAGUGGGAUGCAGUACUAAUAAUGAUUCCCUCGUUUCUGAAACCGAAGAGUUGUCCGCCAGCAUUGUUGCUGACAUGUUGAAAGAGGAUGAGCAGAUUGAAGACGAAGCUUUCCAGAGAGAUGACCCACCCCUCACUGUUACGCCGGAGAGUAGGGACGAGCUGGGUCGCCGCUGCGUCUGCAUCUCCAACAUCAUCCGCUCACUGUCUUGUGUUCCUGGUAAUGAGAUUAAAAUCUGCAAGCACCCGGGUAUCAUGCGUGUGCUGGGCCGUCUGCUGCUGCUGCACCACAGCCACCCACAGAGACCGGAGCUGCGUAAACUGCCCAGCGGGGACGAGGACGAUGAAGAGCGGGAGGAACCUCCCCGCGUCUAUGACAACGAACACUGGUGGUGGGACUACUUGGACCAACUGCGGGAAAACGUCCUGGUCAUUCUGUCCAACAUCUGCGGCCAUCUGAUGCUGGCAAACUUCUCGGAGGAGGUGUGCUUCCCUCUGCUGGAGGGUCUGCUGCACUGGGUUAUCUGCCCGGCCUCCGUUGCCCGUGACCCGCUGCCCACGCUCCCACCAGGCUCCUUGCUCUCCCCCCAGCGUCUGGUGCUGGAGGCUCUGUGCAAAUUGUGCAUCCACGAGGCCAAUGUGGACCUGCUGCUGGCCACACCGCCCGUGAAACGUCUGCUGGAGCUCUACAACGUCCUGGUGCACCUGCUCGCCGACCGCAACCAGCCGGUCACACGCGAGUUUUCCAUUGUCCUGCUCUCUUUUCUAGUCCCCGGAGACUCUAGCGCGGCCCGGGCCGUGGCCCUGCAACAUCCGUGCGUCUCGCUACUGGUGGACUUUCUGGAAACGGCCGAGCAGAACGCCCUGUCCAUCGCCAACCAGCAGGGUCUGGAGGUCCUUCAGAGCAACCCGGAGGUGAUGGGCACCUCUCUGGACAUGCUGCGGCGCACGGCAUCCAUCUUGCUUCACAUGGCCCGCGUGCCAGACAACCGUAAGUUGUUUGUGCCCCAGCAGCCCCGUCUGCUCAACCUGGUCAUGUCCCAGAUCCUAGACCAGACCGUGUCCAACACUCUGUCGGAAGUUCUGUUUGAGUGCUCGCAGGUCUCCUGAUGGCCCGGCUGUCUGCUGCUGGUGUCUUACUCCUGCCCUGGUGCUGCACAGGGGAACAGUCUGGAGAACGGCCAUCCCCUGUCGGAGAAGCAACGUCUUGCUUAGAAGUCGGGGAGAUGGGUGUUUGAACCCCAUGUUCUCAUGUUGCCUGGUAGCCAAAAAGAAGAGGUUUUGUUUUAAGAAUUAGUUCUACUGGCUUGUGUUGCCGUCUGGGUAAAAACGUGCAAUGUUCUGGGGUGGUCGUUGCACACUGGUGAUCAACCAACCACUUUAAGUGGAAGAAGGCAGCACAAGCUGCAACUAUUUCGCUUGGAAGCCUGAAGGCAGUGCUGAACGUGAGAAAGCUGUGACUCAUUUAUUAGUGGUCAGGAUUUUCUGCAAGUGCCCAUUGUGGCCCCUUAGGCUUGCAAUAUCUUAGCUCCGGAAAAAACGUACCAAUGCUCUGAAGAACUAAAAGAGUGAACUUCUCUACGCAGAGCUGACCGAGCAAAGCCUAAACUUCUAUCAGAAGUGACACUGCUUGUUAUUUGGUCGGUUGACUUUGUACAAAGCUUUUAUUGACUGAAGAUGCUCUGUAAUUUUCUCCCAUGCUAUGACUUCUGUGCUUAGGUACCUAGAUCCUUGUUGAGUAUACGAGAAAGAGCAGAAACGAUUCUGGCGAAUUGUCGUGUUGGAUAAAGCCAACUUUGUGCUUUCCUGGACUCAUAAUUACUGGUUUGCUCAAACAUGUGUGCUUUGUUAAAAGAUUUUGAAUAUUUUUUUUUUCUUCAUGAGAAAUGACUUCAGUCCAAGGCAAAGGAGCUGCUGUGUAAUGAUGUUGGGCUUCAUCUAUCUGUCAGUGAAUAACUUAUUGUUGUAAUUUUAACAAUUUUUUUUCCACUCUGGGUACCCUGUUGUGCUGAAUUACGUUCUUUUUUUAAUGGAGAUUUUAUUCACUGAAGAAUUCUAAUGAAUGACUAUGAUGUUUCUUCCAUGUGUUCUUGAUGUAUUGCUGAGAAGUGUUGUCAGUUCGUACCCUUGGACGUUUGUGAAAAGUAACACGGAGAUUUGUCUUCGAUCUGUGGAGCAUCUGAGAGAUGUUGACAGGAUUUUUCUGUUUGUUUUUCGAGUAUUUAUUGGACAGUACCUGGUUACUUUUGCUUGAAAUGGUGCCCUAGAUUGAGAAGGGAGACUGACUUGCCUUUUUUGCCACAUGCUGAGGAUGGGCAUUUUGCUAGAAAAUAUCGAAAAUUUUGUCAACAGAAAUCUGUGAAUGGAGUAUUUUUGCAUAAUGGCUGUUAUUUGUUGUGCCGAUAACUGAUUUUUUUUUUUUCCUGUGUGGAAAUGCUGCAUUUCUGUGUAAUUGAGACUUACAAAAAUAAACAAAAAAAUUGUUAUUGGAAGAAAGGAUGGAUGUAUUAUGUAUUGCAUUGGUGUGUGUUUAUUGGGUAGAAAAAAAAUUCAGCAAACAAAUGGGUUAUUGAUACAUAAAUACCUCAUUUUCACUGUGGUUUGCAAUCAUUUGGAGGGGUGGGAGUGUGAGAAUUGCCAAGUUCUCCUCUGUCACUUUCCAGUCUCUUCGAAAGUGCAACCCAAAUAGCAGACUGGACAUCUUUAUUCCCCCAUCCCACCACCUCCCUGGAGGUUCAGUUGCUAUGAAAAGAAUUUGCAGAGAGCAGGAGAGAGUAAGAGAAAGAAAAAGAGAGAUGAGAUGUGAUGUUGCUAUAAUUUUGGAAUUCUGUAUUCUUCUUGAGCUUAUAUGACCUGGUCCCGUUUCCCCCAAGUUUGUGAGCAGCUGCUUUCAAACACCACACAAGCUACAUCGCAGAGUUGUAAGAGAUUCAGAGAAUCUGAACCUUACCUUUGGCUCUACUCAAAGUCCUCUUCUUGUAACUUAUUUUAUUUCUUGUACAUUUCAUGUAACAUAAUGUAGACUUCCCUUCCUUUAUACACUCAAGGAAAAUACUUCUACAUAGGCUGAGGAAUGUAGAAUAAUAGAAGUGCUGGAAAUGUCUAUACUGCCAUGUAAGAAUCAUAUCAUUUCAACUGCCUCAUUUCCUCCCGUCCCCCUUCCCCUGCUUAGAUACAUGAUGUAAAUACGUUAUAUAUACAAUAUGUAUAUAAAUAUGAUCUAGCAUUUCCUUUCUGCGGAAAGUUCAUUUAAUUCUGAUGCCAUAGUGAUUCAAUAUAAAUACAUGUGGAAGAUUAUAAGAGCAGAGUAUAACAAAUCUUUUGUGCAUAAUUGUUCCAUUUUUUUUCUCCUUUAACCGUACUGAUUGUGGAUCUGCAGUGUAAAUGAAGGCAGGUUUUAUCGGACAGAGAUGUGUGUUCCUCACCAGUACAUCUGCUGCUGCCGGCACUGAUAGGAGGAUGAGUUCCUUCCUUGUGUGUGAAAUAUUUGUGUUUUUUCUUUUUUUUUUUUAUAAAUAAAUUUUUUGCUUUGAGUGUGUAGUGGUCUCUCUGACACAAGAGCUUUGUCUGGUAGAGGAGUUCUGGUACUAGUUACAUAUCUCUUCAUGCUUGUUGAUGGAACAGCCAGGGGAGUGUCUUUUGUUGGCCACCAGUCUCUUUUAGAUGUGAGAAUGUCUUUUGUUUGUUUUUACACGAGAGAAUGAAUGCCAUUGCUGAUGUAGUUGUAGUAAUACAGCAAGAAAUUGCCAGGAAUGCAAUGCCUGCGAGGAAGAUGAGUGGAAGAAAGUGUCCAACUGUGCAAUGAUGCAGAGAGCAAAGUAUCUGCACCUUUCAGUUUUAUGUCACGACCAGAUUAUUUUUAUUUAAAGGGAAAAUAAUACACAAUUUCUUUUCAUACUUCAAAAUGUUUUUUUGUUUUUUAAAAUUUCUCCAAAAAGUUUUCUUUGGGGGAAGAAAGAAGACAAAAUAUUGGCCAAAUUUAUUUUCCUUUGAUUGUUACUGAAGACGGACAUGGUGCAGCUUUGCCAUAGGAUGCGUGCGGAUUUGAAACACACACACACACACACACACAUGUCUAUACAUGUUCUGAAUAUUGUGUCCCAUAACACUGCGGCGGGGACCGGUAGAGUGGAGCGUGCCCUGUGGGCUGUGGAAAUCAUCGUCGUACACUUUUUAAUCCAGUAACUCAUUCGCUUCUUGUUCUCAUUGACAGAGGUCCUGCUGGGUUGUGCUCCGCGCCACCGGCCCCGGCCGGCCUGUGUGGAGUGGUGUCUGUUGUUGUUGUUGUCUAGUGUCGUUAUUGUGGCAUUGCGUAUAAGUUCAUGAUUUGUAUUUUUUAUUACUAUGGUCAGAAAUACUUUCAUUUUACUUGUACAUAUUACAAGAGAUUGUCAGUUCAUGUGUCAGUCAUGUCCACUUCUAUUGAAUAAACUUUGUGAUUCCA